AUGGAAGUAUCAAGUAUGGACUGUAUGCUCACUGCUGCAAUGCUGCUGGAAGUUCCUGGAGGCUGGAAAUUUAGAAUCAUGGAGAAAUAUUUUAAACGAAAAUUCGAAUGUUCAAGUGGAGAGCAAAUUAAUUCUGAAACGAGAGUUCAAAAAAAACAAGAUGGCCAAGAAGAAAUAGAAUCAAAUGUUGGGAGUCAAAGAGAUGUUUGGGAUAAAAUUGAUUUAGCAGAAUUACCUUCGGAUCCUGGAUUAAGAAGUCCAAUUGCGAAUUACAAUGUUAAUGUUCAGGAUGAAAUCCGAAGAGCAUACAUACAAAAGGGUCCAUGUCAGCCUCGAAAUCACUUAUGUCCACAGAAAGAAUUUGGAGAUCCGUCAUUAAGAAGAUUUAAAACUUCGUGGUUUAAUGACUUUCCUGAUUGGUUGGAAUACAGUAUAUCAAAAGAUGCCAUAUUUUGCUUUUAUUGUUAUCUUUUCAAACCAAAUAGUGAAGAACAUGGUGGUGGUGAUUCUUUUAUUGAUGGAGGAUUCUCAAAUUGGAAAAAGAAAGAAAGGCUUCAAAUUCAUGUCGGGAAAAGUAGUAAUGCACACAAUCGAGCUCGGAUUAAGUAUGAGGCUUUUGUGAAUCAGAAACAAAAUAUUGAUUGUGUUCUCUUUAAGAAGUCGAAAAAAACAAAAGAUGAGUAUCGAAUUCGUUUGAAUGCGUCAAUUGAUUGUGUUCGAUUGCUUCUACGACAAGGGCUUUCGUUUCGUGGACAUGAUGAAUCAGAAAAUUCAAGAAAUCAAGGAAAUUUUCUUGAAUUUUUGCAGUGGUUAUGUGAUCAUAAUAAAGAGACUAAGGAUGUUUGUUUGAGUAAUGCUCUCGAAAACCUUCAGUUAACAUCACCUAAAAUUCAAAAGGACAUUGCGAGUGGUAUUGCAUUUGAAACAUUUGAUGUUAUUAUGAGGGAUAUUGGUGAUAGGUUAUUUUCCAUUCUUGUUGAUGAAUCAGUGGGAGCAAAUGUCCGUUGUUCUACGUUAUGUGAAUCAGAAAGGACAAGUAACAGAAUUAUAUCUAGUUUAAGAGGUCAAGGUUAUGACGGGGCAAGCAACAUGCGAGGUGAGCACAAUGGUCUUAAAGCACUUAUUUUGAAAGAGAACCCAAGUGCUUUUUAUAUACACUGUUUUGCUCAUCAACUACAACUAGCUCUUGUAGCUGUGGCAAGCAAGCAUGCAAAAAUUGAAACAUUCUUUAGUUUAGUGAAUAACGUGGUAAAUGUUGUUGGUGGAUCGGCUAAGCAAUUGGAAAGGGGCCUUAAUCAAGAAAUUACUCUUAAGCGACCUGGUGAUACUCGUUGGGGCUCUCACUAUAAUUCUUUACUUAACUUGAUUAUCAUGUUUUCUGCUACAGUUGAUGUCGUUGAGAUGAUUGCCACUGAUGAUACUAGUUAUGGAAAGCGAGGGAAAGCACGUAUUUUGUUGGGAUCUAUGUUGACAUUUGAUUUUGUAUUCAGUUUGCAUCUCAUGAAAAAGGUAUUGGGUAUUUCAGAUGAAUUGUCAAAAUCAUUACAAAGGAGAGAUCAAGAUAUUGUCAACGCUAUAAAAUUAGUGAAAAUAAGUAAAGAACGAUUUCAAGCAAUGGGGACAAUGAAUGGGAAUCAUUUUUAA